UUUACAUGCUUUUUUUCAUUCCAUAUUUUUAAACUCUGAGUAUUUAAUGGAUUUAAUGGUGCGACAGUGACGGGUGAUUCCACUUUGCAGGAGACGAUUCGCGACGAAUCGUGCGAAUCGAGUCGAAUCGUCAACAGUUUGACAGCCCAGUUAUUGCCUACCGCGAGUCGACUUCCGUUCAGACGAUUCGACUUUGCAGGAGACGAUUCGCGACGAAUCGUGUGAAUCGAGUCGAAUCGUCAACAAUUUGACACCGGAGUUAUUGCCUACCGCGAGUCGAUUUCCGUUUACACGAUUCGACUCAGCAGAAGACGAUUCGAGACGAUUCGCGACGAAUCGUGUCGAAUCGUGAAUCGUGAUAGGGAGCGCCAAAGCCGCGAGGAACCUACGAGGGAGACAACUGAGAAACCACUCGUUUUUCGCGGCUUUGCCGCUUUGUGCGCUCGCGCUCAAACUGCUUAAAAAAUAUUAAACCGCCAAGCUACGCAGGCUAUUUGUUGUCACGUUUUAGCAACGAGGAAGGUACAUGUGAUCAUUUUCUUAUGGGUCUUAGUGUCAUGUGGUGCGUAUCGACCCCGUGCGAAUCGAGUCGAGUCGUCAAGUACCUCAGACGAAUCGACUCAGUUUGGGUGUAUUGGAAAUGGAUGCAAUACGCCGGAGAAAUUUAAAAACGCAACCAUCACCUGUGAUUUUCGAUUUGUGCUCGAGAAACUAGUCCCGCUCUGGCAGGGAAAUUAGGCCCAAGUUGUUCAAAGGCUAGAUAACCCUAUCCACCUGACAAAUCGCUAUCCAGUGGAUAUAAAGUGUUAACAAAAUAAACCAAGCUAUCCGCUUGAUAGUGAUUUAUCCGGUGGAUAGCGUUAUCCACCUUUCGAACAACCCGAUGAAUAACAAACAACAGAUGAAUACCGUGAUGCUAUCGUUUUCGAAAAGCUCCAUUUUCAAAUGUUUUCUCUCCACACGAAGACGCUAAGCGCAACUGGGAUUUUUAUAUUCCUGCGGUUUGAAGAAAGUUUUCGAAAGGCUCCUUUUUCUUGACGGAUGAGUGUGAACGGUAGGCCUAACCAUAGAAAUAAAGCUGUGUUUUCAAAUUUCUCCUGGAUAGUGCUGAUGGGGCCUAAAUUAUGACGCUGAAUCCAACCUUCCAAAAACUAAUUAAUCAAAACUGUAUGGCAAAGUAAAAAGGUUUUUUUUGGAACGUCAAUCACUAGGAUUGUGAAAUGGAAAGAAUAUUCAAAUUUAAUUAAAACCUAAGUUCAGAGUGGAAGAAGACUCGAAUCUGUCAUAGUUGGUUUCGAAGAUUUAUUGAAAAUGAUUCAUUACAAGAAAAGAGCUAUUUGCAAUUUAGCACGGAAUGAAAAACUGGUGUCUCGGACGCUUUAUCGAUUAAUACUAAACUCUUUUAUGUUCCUUAAAUCAACAUACAGGAAUAAAGGUCUGUUUGGAGAAUGCUAGAUGCUGCCCAGUUUAGAGACACACUUUCUCAAAAUGUCUCAUUUUAAUUUAAUUUUGAUAUCACCUUGCUAAUAUUUAUUGAUCUCCAGCCUGAAUUUUUUUUGUUUACACUCAGCAGAUGCUUUUGGCAGCUGUAUGGAGUCUUUUUUCAAUCCUUCUCAUCCACGAUUGAAAUAAAUCUCACUAGUAACUACGACUUGGUCUGUAGAGGAUACUGAGAUGAGUAGGAAAAAUUCAAGAUCGACGCGUAAUAGCAGUAAAACAUCAAGAGUUACAGUGUUUAUGGCGAACGGGAAGAAAGAGGAAGAAGACGAAGAGAUGACAACCUAAAUUAAUGCUUCUAACAACAGCGGGAAAAAGAACACGAAAAUGGAGAACUUAACUGAUCUUGGAAACCACACGAGAAUUCAGCAGAUAAACUGCACGACAGGUCUUUAUGGAACACAACAAAAGAUAGUUCUUUCAGUAAUAAAUAGUCUUCUAUCUAUCACUGCGUUUUUGGGGAAUGUUUUGAUCAUUGCUGCUCUUCAAAAGGUGCAGUCUCUUCAUCCGCCAUCACGACUUCUCUUAUCAUGUCUUGCAAUCACCGAUCUCUGCGUGGGCCUCAUUGCCCAGCCUCUCUAUGCUAGCUUUUUAUUGUCCCAAAAGCAUUCCAAACAUUGUUAUUAUGUUGCAGUCCUUAGUAAUACAAUAGCUGCAAUUUCUUGCGGAGUAUCUUUGUUAACACUGACUGUAAUAAGUGUGGACAGGCUUCUUGUACUGUUGUUAAACUUAAGAUACAGGCAGGUGGUAACUUUGAGGAGAGUAAAGCUCCUGGUGGUCAGUUUUUGGCUUAGUAGCUUUGCUUUUGCCAUAAUACUGUAUCUUUACCACGAUAUCGCUAUACGCAUCAUGUACAUAAAUAUGUUAUUAUGCAUAGUUACCUUCACGUUCUGUUACAUCAAAAUACAUCUUACACUUAAACAUCAUCAAGCGCAAGUACAAGAAGAAGCUCACCAACAACCAAACGGAGGAGGACCUUCAAUCAACAUAGUGCUAUAUAGGAAGACAGUGUCCAGUACAUUGUGGUUACAAAUGACAUUGCUGGCUUGUUAUAUUCCAUAUGGUAUCAUAUCUAUAUUUGCUCUCACUGGAUUACGUUCACCGACUUUUGACCUCGCCUGGGAUUCGACAUUAACUCUGCUUUUCUUGAAUUCAACUCUUAACCCAUUUCUGUACCAGUGGAAAAUAAGGCACUUAAGACAAGCAGUAACGGGCAUGGUCAAACGAUCUUCUUGUUCUUUGACCGUUGCAUGUGUCCAGCAUGUAUAAUAGUGAUGACGAUGACAAUGACAUUGAAAAUGACAAUGGCAACGAUAAU